UGGCUCUUUCCCAGAACAGAGUUUUGCGUUAUACCUUCUCGACCUUGAGAAAUUUGGGAACAUAAAGGGAUGCAUGUGUAUAUAAAGAGUUACAGUUACAACCUUCUCUUACAUUCAUAGAAAAGAGACCAUGAAGACCCUGAUAUUCCUGGCUUUGCUUGGAGCAGCGUUUGCUGCAGCGGAAGAUAAGAUUGUCGGAGGCUACGAGUGUCCCAGAAACUCAGUUCCCUACCAGGUGUCUCUGAACGCUGGAUACCACUUCUGCGGUGGAUCCCUCAUCUCCAGCCAGUGGGUUGUGUCUGCUGCUCACUGCUACAAGUCUCGUAUCCAGGUCCGUCUUGGCGAGCACAACAUCGCUGUGAACGAGGGCACUGAGCAGUGGAUUGAUGGUGCCAAGAUGAUCAAGCACCCGCAGUACAACAGCUACAACCUGGACAACGACAUCAUGCUGAUCAAACUGAGCCGCCCCGCCAACCUCAACAAAUGCCCCGAGGCCGACGAGAACUGCCUGGUGUCCGGGUGGGGCAACACCUCCGCCAACGGAAACAACUUUCCAGACAGGCUGCAGUGUCUGAGGCAGCCCAUCAUCGAUGACAGGAUCUGCAGGAACGCCUACUCCCACCUCUUCACCGAGAACAUGGUCUGCUCCGGAUUCAUGCACGGAGGUGCCAGCAGCUGCCAAGGAGACUCUGGUGGUCCUCUGGUGUGUAAUGGUCAGCUGCAGGGAGUCGUGUCCUGGGGUUACGACUGCGCCAUGAAGGGACACCCCAGCGUCUACGCCCGUGUGUGCCGCUACAACAGCUGGAUCAGCAUCACCAUGACCAACAACUAAACGCACACAGUCGUCCAUACAUCCACAUGCAAGCUGACAUUAGAGCACCAUACUCCGUGUUCAUACUCAGGUUAUUUGUAAACACGCUCUGUAUUACUAUUUUAUUCAUAUACAUCUCAUUAAUCACAUGUUUAGGCAUAUUAUUCACAAAGAAUUGGAAAAGAAUAAUACAAAUAUAUAAUAGCAUUCAGUGAAUUAGUUUUGUUUUUUUACAUUAAAUUUCCCAAUUCCCAAUAUUACCAUGCUUUGUAUUCUCAGUGAUUCUGUAUCCAUUCUGUGCUGUCACAAUGCCACUGCUGUUUUGAAAUUCAUAAUGAAACAUAAUUUUUUUGCAAAACAUCCAAGUAUAAUAUCUAAUUUGUACUUAUGUAAUAUAGACAUAUGCAUAUCUAUGAAAUGCCUUUUGCACUCAGCUACUGUGGGCACUGGGGUGAUAUGGGAGACAAGCAAACUUGAGUAAAUAAGCAGUAAGGCAUCACUGUAUUUCACUUGUCUGAAUUCUUUGCAUGCAUUCCUCAGAUGGCACUUUGUAAACUUUGCUGUUUCUUGUUUGCUGAAGCAACCUAAACAUACAAAGGGACAGAAGAGAGGGGGAAGCUAUGCAGCCAUAUCAAACAGGGAAGCAUGUGCACUGGUCAUAGAAAAAUGAUUUAGGGAUGGCGUGACAAUAAAUAUGAAUUUGAACUACAAGCAUUACAACAUAGAUUUAGCUUAAUCAUUAAGGCAAUACAUUGUCAAUUACAGAAACAUCCACCAUAGAUUAUAAUUUUACAGUUUUUAAAGCACCAAUUGUAUGCAUGUACACAUCAUCUGACACGAUCAAUAUAAAUCCUACACGCUGUUUAUACAGUAUAAAGACAGAUACAUGCACAUACUGUAAUCACUCUGUGUAUCCAUUCAGUGGUUGUUUGCACAUCUGAAAGGUUUACAACAGAAUCACUUGACUUGUAUAUAGACAUUUUAUUUUAUUGUUCAUUGGUGCUUUUUGUAUUUAUAUAUACACACACCUAUUUCUUCACAUGCAUACUUGUGGAUGUAAUAGCCCUCCUGUCUACCUUUAUUUGUCCAUCUUUAUUGUCCUUGUUUGGGCUCAUAUCCAUUGUGAUGUCUUGAGAGGUCGGGAGCUUUCCUCUGGGAGCUCUGGAGGUGGGGGUGCAGGAAAUGAAGACAGCCAAAACGUAGUUGUCAAACUUAAAUCCGGUGUAUUUAGUUCUUAUACAGGUUAACUUAUUUCUUACAGACAAACAAAACAGAUAUUCAAAUCAAAAACCUCUAGUUGUAUUCUCUUCACCUCUCCACUGACUCCUUCCCCCCUUUUAGCUGCUGUACUAGGGCAAUCAGCUGAUAUGGUACAGCUGGGCAGCAACUUCUAAUCCCUGCUGCGUCCACCAGGAGGGAAUGCAUCUCCCAUCUAUGACCCUGCCUCUCAUGGCAUCACACUAUUUGACACAAGAGGGAGCCCCUCCUGUACCACACAUUUAUGGAGUGGACAUAGUGACAUGCUUACAUCGAUGAUUUUUAUUUUUAUUUGUUUAUUUAAUGGACAAUGGAGAGUCUGCCACAGAGUUCGCCAGAUAGCUAAACUUCAUCCGCAGUCCCUGGGCACAAAAUAUGUAUGGCAUCAAACGCUGAAAUUCAGACAGGGCUACAGAGGAUAAACAUUGCAUCAUACAAAACUAAAAGCAGGAAUACUACUAUGUUUAGUAACUUGUGGUUAAUGGUCACAUGAUUGGUUUCAUGUUUCAGACUGUUCAACCUGUGCUGUACUUCACAGUCGCCUCUGGUAGAUGCUCUUGUUUGCCAGAUAUUAUCUGAGUAUAUGUGAAGCAAACUGUCAGUGGGGG